CUUAUGUUAAGUAAUUUUCCAUGUUAGAUAAACAAGAUCUGUUUGUGCUCAAGUGUUUAUUUAAUUAAUGAAUGACAAUUAACCUUGGGCUAAGUACCCUUGAAAAAUAGUUUUAUCAGUAAAAAGUUUGAAUUUGACUUGUUAUAUUGCGAGUCAGUUUGACAUUUUGACAUCAUGGCAACUAGAGUGAAACUAAAAGGAAAACAUUCUAUGCUUCGUAAAAAUAGGAUUCGUAAACCUAAUGAAGUGAUAGAAAUUGUAGUAUUUCUCAGAGAUAGAACUGGUAUACAUUUUAAUUUAGAAGAUGGACAUUUAGCACAAGCUGAUGAGUUGUUAGAGUUGGUGAUAGAAGAACAGGGAUUACCAGCUGUUGCUAAACAAGCUUUAGCAUUAUGGAUUGUUUCAGAUUUGUUAGAUAUAAGAAUGAAGAGAAGUCAUCAGCCUUAUCAUAUUGUACAGAAGUGGGAUGAAUUAUGUGCUAUUUAUACUGAUGCUAAAUUUGAAGAUAUUGUUAAAUCUGAACCUGUUCUUAUGGCACAGAGAGAUGUGUAUUUCACUUUGGAACAAGAAAGAAGUAUCCAGAAUGAAGAAAUGUUAUGUUUAUUGUAUCAUGAAGCUAAAACUCAUGUCAUAGAAGGUCGUUAUAUUUUAUAUACUGAAGAUUACCAUAGAUUAGCUGGAAUACAGGCUUUGAUUCACCUGGGAAAGUAUAAUCCUAAAGAACAUAUUGCUGCUAAUUACAGGUCCCUGUUAGUCCAGUUUUAUCCAGAACAUAUGUAUCAAAAACAAAAGUUUUUAUUUUUCUCUCCAUCAAAGAGUAAUGAAAAUAUGGACUGUGAGGAGUUUAUGAUCAAUGCUCACCAGCAGAUUAGUAAUGAGUUUGGUAGUAAAGAUAUUGAUGACAAUAUCUGUGAGUUAUAUCAGAAAUAUUUGGAUAUUUGUAGAACAUAUCCUUUUUAUGGGAGUGCAUUUUUUAAUGGACAGAUAGAAAGACCAGUGAAUAGAUUUAAAAAGUUUAUGAAUAUUGGAACUGAUAUUAAAUGUAUCAUAGCUAUCAAUACAGAAUGUGUUAAUAUUAUUGAUAUGGAGAAAAAUGAUUGUGUCCUAACAGUACCCUUCACUCAGCUUUCAUGGCGUUAUAGAGAGGCUCAGUUUGAUGUAGAUGAUGACUCUAUGCCUUGUCUAUUUCUCCAGUUUUUAUAUGAUUGUCCUGUUAAAGGAAGAUGUACUAAAUUAAUAGAAGUGUAUUCUAGGGAGGCUAAAUUAAUGGAUGCCUUGAUAACAUCAUGUGUAAAACAUAAAUUGGAAAUUGGAGCUGAACCAGAAGAUUUUGUAGAUGGUGAUGAAUCUCCCUCAUUAGAUUUUCAUAUUCUAAGAAUAAGAAUACUUUUAUCAUUAAUGCAUAGGCGUGAAAGACAAAUUAAUAUCUUUUACCAACUCUUUUCAGAACCAAGUUCCAAACCAAUUCAUAAAAUGGACAGACUCUGCUGUUCCACCUAUUCUUGUAAAGGAGAGAAAAUUGACUGA